AUGCCAGCAGGAGCCACUGGAGGGAGCAUGUCAUGCUCUUUGGUGGGGAAAGGCGGAGCCUGAGCCAGGCUUAGGGAGGGAGGGAAAGGAAGAAGGAAAAAGGCAGGAAGGAAGAGGAAAGGGGGGAAAGGCGUGGGUGCCUACAAAAAUGAGCGACAGCGACGACGAUGCCCCCCAGCUUUCCUCUGAAGCCUUAGCUGCUCUGCAGGAGUUCUAUCUGGAACAGCAGCAGAGAGAAGACCUCGAGGCAACAGAAGGAGCCAACAACUGCACUCUUGGCUCGAUAGAAGAGAACUGGCAACUGAGCCAGUUUUGGUAUGAUACUGAAACUGCAGAUCAUUUGGCGAAAGAGGCUAUAAGAGCAGCUGGAAAAGGUGGCAGGAUAGCAUGUGUUAGUGCGCCCAGCAUUUAUCAAAAACUGAAAGAACAGAAUAACAAUGAUUUUUCAACGUGUAUAUUGGAAUACGACCAAAGAUUUUCUGUUUACGGAGCUGAGUAUAUUUUCUAUGAUUACAACGAUCCUUUGAAUCUUCCAGCCAGCCUCAAAGAACAUAGUUUUGACAUUGUCCUUGCAGACCCACCCUACUUGUCUGAAGAAUGUCUCAGAAAAACUGCAGAAACCAUAAAAUACCUAACAAAGGGGAAGGUUCUACUUUGUACAGGUUCAGUCAUGGAAGAACAUGCUGCAAAGUUUCUUGGUGUGAAGAUGUGCAAGUUUAUUCCAAAACAUACUCGAAACUUAGCCAAUGAGUUUCGAUGUUAUGUGAAUUAUGAUUCUGGACUCGAUUUUAAUUCUGCCUCUUGACAACAAGCAUAAAAAUAUUGGUGACAUAUUUCACUGUGAAGCAGUUUUCCUUUUGUGGGUGAUGUAAACAUUUGUCUUUUCUGGCAGUAAGGAAGUGGAUGGUGAUGAGGAUUCAGUAAUCCAGUGAUUGGAUUCAUGUUAGUUUUGAUGGAUUACUGUGUAUUCUCAUGUAUAAGUCAGGGCAAGUUUUGGAGCCAGAAGUAUGGAUUUUGAUAUCAUCAUCAGUCUUUAUUAUGGUCCAAACACCCAAUUUGCUCAGCAGAAAAAGAUUUUGGUAUGACCUAUGGAUAAGUCAAAGAUCAUUCCACGAAGAGGGGAAAGCACCGAUGCCACAUGAGGAGGCUAGUGCCAGAAGCACGACAUGACAGAGAGAGUCAGAGGGAUUGAUGCAUCUUUUAGGUUCUCCUGGAACAGACUAAGCUCAUACCUUUUGCUACUUUGCUCAGAGAAGGAGGUAGUUCCUUUUUUGAUAGGAGUUAUCUUACAUUGCUCACCUUGAACCAUAAUUAAGUUGACCUGACCCAGGUUGUCUACGCUGGAUCUUUCACACUUGCCUCAAAUAGACAAGAGUUCUUUCUCCCUCCCUGGACUUUCCACAGAUAUAUAAAGCUCAGUUGCCUAGUUUCCAACAGACCUCACAAUUUCUGACAAUGCCUGCCAUAGAUGUGGGCGAAACAUCAGGCGAGAAUGCCUCUGGAACAUAGCCAUACAGCCCAGAAAACUCACAGCAACCCCGUGAUUCCAGCCAUGAAAGCCUUUGACAAUACUUCCUUGCUUUAAACUCAGCUUCAGGCUCUGUUCUGUCAUAAUUCUACCUGCUAUACAGUGUUGCUUCAAAAGUACAGUAGAGUCUCGCUUAUCCAACAUUCUGGAUUAUCCAACGCUUUUUUGUAGUCAAUGUUUUCAAUAUAUCAUGAUAUUUUGGUGCCAAGUUGUAAAUAAUUUCUACAUAGCAUUACUGUGUAUUGAACUACUUUUUCUGUCAAAUUUGUGGUAUAGCAUGACGUUUUGGUACUUAAUUUGUAAAAGCAUAACCCAAUUUGAUGUUUAAUAGGCUUUUCCUUAAUCCCUCCUUAUUAUCCAACAUAUUCGCUUAUCCAACAUUCUGCUGGCCUGUUUAUGUUGGAUAAGUGAGACUCUACUGUAGUUAAGAAAUUUGAUAAUACAAUGAAUAGACUUGCUAAGCUUGAACUGAAAGAAAGAUACAGAGAUAAAUAUUGAUUUUAUGGCUUGGCAUAUGUCCCAAAGGAGUUCAUGAGAUCACAAUGGUGGGACUUAGCUGACUUCUGAGUCUAUGCAUCUCUGCCUGACUGCUCUUUUGCUCUGCUGCUGCCCACCAACAUAUGUCUUAUUAUUUAUUUAUUUACAGUAUUUACAUUCCGCCCUUCUCACCCCGAAGGGGACUCGGGGCGGAUCACAUUAUAAACAUAUAGGGCAAACAUUCAAUACACAUAGAACCGAGACAGACGCAGAGGCAAUUUAACCUUCUCCUGAGGGGAUGUUCGAUUUUGACCACAGGGGGGAGCAGCUGCUUCACCAUCCACUGUGACGGCACUUCCUCAUUCCAAUUAGUUAAAUUUGCCUCCCCACUUUAUAAGUGGUACCUUAUUUCCUACUUGAUAGAUGCAACUAUCUUUCUGGUUGCUAGGUUAGCAACGAGCAGGGGCUAUUUUUUAUUUUUUAAUUGACGGGUGUUCACCCCGCCACGGGCUGGCCUCAAACUCAUGACCUCAUGGUCAGAGUGAUUUAUUGCAGCAGGCUGCUCACCAGCCUGCACCACAGCCUGGCCCCUAAGCAAGUUGGUUAGAGGCCAUUUGAGUGGUACUAGACAGACCCUUCAUCCAGCUGUUGAUUCUGAUGAGAUUGGAGGGAGAUAUUGAAACAAUGGGGUGAGUGGGCAAAAAGAGGGAAUGGAUGAAACAAGAGUGAGGUGGGAACAUGGGACAGUUGCAAGGAUUGGAUGGCCUUCCUCCACAAGACCCUCUGUAUCUUGCCAACCGACCUCACACGUCCAGCUUUCUCUAGUGUUUUUUUUAUAAUUCCCAUUGGAAUGGAGACUGAGAACAAGAAACUUGAUCAAGUUCUUCUGACUUCAUGGUUAGCUUAAAAUCAAAGCUGUGCCCAGUUCCAGCACACUUUCUAUUGUCCUACCAUCACGCAUUUGUAAUACUUCGAAAACUCAAUUUUCUUUUUUUUUUUCAUUUUCAGUAAAACGCAUUUAACUCUCAUUUCUGUGGAUUAACAAUAAAUAACAAUUAUGUAAUA